CGUCCUCCUAAAUUUGCAGCGCUUGAAGUGUUUUAAAAAAUUUUCAUAUUUACCUACAAAAAAUUUUAAUUUAUGUAUUUCUUCUGUAAUUGUUUAUUUUGUAAAUUUCAAUGGACGAAUUUGAUGAAUUUUCACUUAUUACAAAAUUGGAUCAACAAAAAUUAACUCAUUUACUUGUUUCCAUUCCUGGCUCAAAAGAAUUAUUUGUAGAAUCAAAUCUUCUUCGCCCUUUAGACAAAAUAUGUUCAAUGAAAAUCUUGAGAAGUUUAAAUUGUCAAAAAGUUCAACAACUUUAUUUAGAUAAAACAAAUAUUUGGGAUGAACAAAUUGAACAAAGAAUAUUUUUUAUUCGGCCUUCAAUUGCAAUUUCUCGUAAAAUUUGUGAAUUAAUUCGGUCAGAACCUGAAAAGUCUUAUUCUAUAAUUCAUGUUGGCAGCCUUAAAAAUUUUUUUCUGAAAGAACUUGAAAAAAAUGGACUCGGAAAUGUUGUUAAUUUUUAUGAAUUUAAUUUAACAUUAAUUAAUUUAGAAUCAGAUUUGUUUUCUCUCGAAUUACCUCAAUAUCCUCCAGAAAUGUUUAAUCGUUAUUUUGAAGAAUUAAUUAAAACUUUUUGGCAACUCCAAACACUUUAUGGACAAAUUCAGACAAUUUUUGGUUUUGGAGAUUUUUUUCCAAUUUUUGAUAAACUUUUCAAAAGAAUUUGUAAUGAAUUGGGGGAACCAACAUUUUCUUCUCGUCAAUUUAUUAGUCAUUUAUUUAUUUUUGAUCGAAGACUUGAUUUAUUUUCAACUCUUCUUACUGGCCUCACUUACGAAUCAAUUUUAAAUGAUAUGUUUAAUUACAAUUGUGGGAAAAUUUCUUUUGGUGAAACUGUCAAUUCAAAACUUUUUUCUUCCCAAAAUUCAUCAAAAGAAGAAUUUCCUCCCCAAAAAUCUUUUUUUCCUUUAAAUAAUUCUGAUUUAAUUUUUUCUUCAAUUCGUAAUUCACAUAUGACAAAAGUUUUUCCUUUUUUGAGAGAAAAAUACAAAUCUUUACAAUCAAGUUUUGCUAAAGUUUCGACAAUUCAGAAAGUUGAUGAAAUGAAAGUUUUUGUUUCAAACGAAUUUGAUUCUCUACGUGAUCAACAAAAACAACUAGAAAUUGGAUUAAAUGAACAACUUUCAAUUGAAAAUACAAUUUUACGUGGGGAAUUUAAGCAUUUGGAUGUUUUCAAUUUUUUAUUAAAAAUGAUAACUUUAAAAUAUAAUCAAUGGAGUAUUUUACAAUUGGCAUCCCUUUGGUGUUUACGGGCAAAUGGAAUUCCUGAAAAAUAUUUUUAUCAGUUUCAAGAAGUUUUUUUGCAUAGGUAUGGAUUUGAUCAACUUUUUAUUUUUUAUCAAUUAUCAAUAAAUGGCCUUUUAUAUAAAAACAACACUUCUUUUUCCCCUUUAUUUAAAGCUCGUAAUCCUUUCUCCAAACGACUAAUUAACAAAUCUGACAAGCAAUUGGCGGCAAUUAAUUUUCCGACAAAAAAUGAAAUGAAAGGACAAAUUUCUGAAAAUUUAAAGUAA